GUGACACCCGUGAGGACACAUUGGAUGGGGAAGUUUGGAGGAUCGCUGGAUGUCGGGUAAAAGUGGAAUACACAGCGGAGCAUGAGAGGGAAAAUACCCAUCUAAUUCCUAUCUAGAACACCGAGAAAAGUCGUUUUGGGUUACAUGUCCAGUUGAUUCAGUCCGGGUUUUGCGAGCGGUUCUGUGACAGCCCUGGGAGGAAGGCCUCUUGCAUGCACUCAGGUUGAAGAGCCUCAAAUGGCAGGGAAAUUAGCUGGCUCUGGAGGAAGGACCGAGAUGAUCCUUUGUUCUCUUAGACGGUGUGAAUAAAAUCAUCACGAUCCAAACGAAGGGAAUAGGAAUAACGCCCGCGUAGAGGGCGGGGAAAGACACGAGCGGUGCCUGGAUUUCGCUCAUUGUACAUCUCGGUGCUGCGAUCUGCCGGGUUUGACGCUCUUUGUCCAGGCAGGUCCUGAUCACUGCUCUCAGACCCAGGAGCAAGCAAGGGAUCACCAGCUGGAGAAGCACCGAGCCCUGCCCUGAUGCCCUGGAGCUUGGAGGUUUGUCUUACUGUGGAAGAUGCAAAACAACGAAGUUUUAAAACCUGCCAAGUACUUCUCCGAACUAGAGAAGAGCGUCUUGUUGGCGCUCGUGGAGAAAUAUAAGUAUGUUUUGGAAUGUAAGAAGAGUGAUGCCCGGACUAUUGCUCUAAAGCAGCGCACAUGGCAAGCGCUGGCCCAUGAAUACAAUUCCCAGCCCAGCGUGUCGCUGCGGGAUUUCAAACAGCUAAAGAAAUGCUGGGAGAACAUUAAAGCGCGGACCAAAAAGAUCAUGGCCCAUGAGAGGAGAGAGAAAGUGAAACGGUGUGGGCCAGCAUCUAAUAGCCAUCAGGCUUUGAAAGAAAAGGUGGCAAGCAUGAUUCCAGAGCAACUCUAUUUUGUACAGAACCCCGCUGAAGAAGAAGCUGGAUACAAUCAUGAUACUUCUAACCAUGUGUUCGAACUGUCGGAAGUGCAUAUGAACACUCCUGGCUCCCGUGCUGUCGGUGUAAGAAAGCAGACGGAAGAAAGUGAUCAGCGGUAUGAAAUUGAUUGCAAGAGAGUUAACCUUCUGGAUCUGGAACUCCUUAUUGACGAACAAGGCAAAAUCCAGACCAAACCAUUCAGGAAGGUCCCUGAAACUAAUUCUUUGUGUGCUGAUGGGUCACCUCCUAGAUCUAUAGAGAAAGAUUUCCACAAAGGAGACCUGGAACUUCUCAUUGAUGAACAAGGGAAGAUCCAGACCGAACCUAUUAGGAAAGUUCCAGUCACAGAUUCAAUGUGUGCUGAGGGCUCCUCUCCAAGUGGGCUAAAAAAAGUGAAAUUUGAAUUAGAAGAGGAUGCCACAAUGAACAUGAGGAAUGAGGAUACCUUCGUGGUUCCAGACAGAGUAGACCUGUAUGAGGAAGAAAAGGCAAUGGUCAAUAUGCAUGACUGUGAAGGAACAUCACAUGCAGCACCUUCCUGUUCAACAGGUAGAAUUACUAACAGGACCUACAGGAGCAAAGCCUCCCAGGAUGGCAUGUUUAAAAAAAUGCAGGAAGAAGAGCACCACCAGCAAAUGUCCAUGCUCCAACUGCAGUUGAUACAGAUGAAUGAGGUUCAUGUGGCCAAGGUGCAGCAGAUAGAGAGAGAGUGUGAAAUGGCUGAGGAGGAGCACCGGAUAAAGAUGGAGAUCCUGAAUAAAAAGAAAAUGUAUUGGGAAAGGAAACUGCAAACAAUUACCAAGGAGUGGCCAGUAGCUUCGUUCAACAGGCCUUUUCCCAACUCUCCUUGAAAGCAGAGGAUACUGAGGACAAGCUGGGCAGUCUUACCUUAUAGGUUAACCAACCCGAUGAACAGUCAAUGGGCCCAAACACUGGCAACUAUUUCUGUGUAGGAAGAAAAUAGAUACAAGUAAAAAAAAAAAAUAUGAAAAAAAUGAUAUGAGACAAUACUCGGGCAGGUAUUGGGAGCAAAGUCUUUCAGAUUUUAGUAGUAUUGGGGAAAAAAUGAAACCAUAAAAAGCCACAAAGAAAAUGAUUACAGAUGGCCAUCUUGUUACAAUGAAGGCAGUGCUGCUUAUGUUAACAUAAGCUCUUCAAUCUAGUGGUUUUACUGACAAACUGUAAUAUUUCCAGAGCAGUUUUGUUUCUUAACACUUCUUUUACUGACAUUAACUCCACUUUUUAUUAUUAUUACAAUUAUUUUUAUGUAUAUUAGUCCCAUGUUGGUUUUAUGGAUUUGUUUGGUACAGCAGUUGGGCUAAAAUGUGGAUAAACUCUACUCCUUUAACAACC